GGGCACAUUUCCUGCGUUGCUGGCAUCAGCAUUUCGUAAUAAUUAGUAAAGAUGAAGAACACAGCACAUCAGUAGUGGCAGUGGCAGUGGCAUCCACCAGCAGAGCCAAGACAAACCAGAACCAAGAUCCAACCUGUUGCUGCGGAAGCAUUCGGCGCCCAGUUCGAGUUUGGCCAGCGGCGCGUGCGGUUGUGGCGGCUCCACCUCCCAUCUACAGACCAUCUAGAGAACCGAGCCCCAUCUCGCGGAGAAGUUUUCGGAAAAUGUGUGAGUCGUGCGGGCAACAUCAAUGGCUGCUCGUGGUGGUAAAAGGAAAAGCACUAAGGAAACUGUGCCAUCGAGCCAAGUGAAUUGGCACACUUCCCAUUGGGAUGAGUGUUAUAUAAAGAUCCAUUAGCUAGUGCGUGCCUGUGCGGACAGGUGACCCCAAAACUCGUAUCUCGUUCUCAUAUCAAGGACACACAUCCACAACUCUUUCCCCGUAAAAGCUCUCGGCCGUGAGUCAUCCGCGAGACAAGCCCAUACCCAUACCCAUACCCAUACCCAUACCCAUACCCAUACCCAUACCCAUACCCAUAACCAGAGACGACACCGAGUAAAAGUGGAGCAGCAGCAGUAAUAAGAAAUCUAAGUAGAAGAAAGAGCAGAAGACACGGCCAGAAGAGCCGCAGCUACAUAAAAGUGAAUAAGAAACUGUCAUGCUUUCGUUGGCACCCAUCCGGAGCUCAUGCCAAUGGAGAUUUAACAGUCCACAAAUUGUGUUAAGUGCCUUAACACCCACCAGUAAUCAUAUCUACUCCAAAUAGUGAACAGUGAAUAGUGACAAUGAAUCUGCUGGUGUGGCUCCUAGUGCUGCUCCUGCUAUCCGGCCACCUCAGCCACGGCCAGGCUAAUAUCCUCAACACGUUGCUGGGCGUGCCCGCGGAGUGUGUGCACCAGAGCGGUAUAUGGCCCUGUAAGUUGAGCUUCUCCUGCUGGCUGCAGGGCGGCAAGCAUGCCAAGGGCUGUGGCAGCAACAAGUGGCUCUUCAGCUGCUGCAUCGCCGCCGACCCCCAGCAUCCGCAUCUAUCCCAGUCGCAGCUGCCGCAUCCGCACCCGUCGUCUUUGGCGAAUCUCAUCGAUUAUGGCCAGCUCAAGAUGAGUCUGCAGAGUCUGCCCAAGCGCAUCAUGUUGCGGCGUCGCGACGACAAUGAGCUGCUCAACGUUCAGCCCGAGUGUGGGGUGCCACGAACUGCUCAGAACACGCUACAGAAGCGUAUCAUCGGAGGCCGGCCGGCACAGUUCGCCGAGUAUCCGUGGCAGGCGCACAUCCGCAUAGCCGAGUACCAGUGCGGCGGGGUGCUAAUCUCGGCCAACAUGGUGGCCACGGCUGCUCAUUGCAUACAGCAGGCGCAGCUGCCGGAUAUCACCGUGUAUCUGGGAGAACUGGAUACCCAGGAUCUGGGCCACAUAAACGAGCCGUUGCCAGUGCAGAAGCACAGCGUAGUGCAAAAGAUCAUCCAUCCGCGCUUUAACUUUCGCAUGACGCAGCCAGACCGCUACGAUCUGGCUUUGCUGAAGCUGGCCCACCCCACGGCCUUCAGCGAGCACAUCCUGCCCAUUUGCCUGCCCCAUUAUCCCAUCCGGUUGAUCGGACGCAAGGGCCUCAUCGCCGGCUGGGGUAAGACCGAGGCACAUUUGGGGCAUGCGGGCACCAACAUGCUGCAGGUGGCCAGCGUCCCGAUCAUUACCACCUUCGACUGCAUUCGCUGGCACGAGAGCAAGCAAAUAAAUGUGGAAAUCAAGGCGGAAAUGUUCUGUGCCGGACACUCGGAUGGCCACAUGGAUGCGUGUCUGGGCGAUUCCGGAGGUCCGCUGGUGAUCAAGGAUCGCGGACGAUUUGUACUCGUCGGCAUCACUAGCGCCGGCUUCGGCUGUGGCGUCGAUCACCAGCCAGGCAUAUACCACAAUGUUCAGAAGACUGUGAGGUGGAUACAGGAUGUGGUGACACGCAACGAAUUGUAGCGAAAGCGCCAGGACUUAGCCCGCGACAAAUCUCAUUAGUUUAUGGCUCGUAGCAUUAGGCAGUGGAUAUGUGCAAUCCAAAUAUGCCAAACCACAUAAGAGACACAUUUAUUUAGUAGAUUUAAUAAAUAUUUUUAUGU